AUGCCACUGUUGAAAGUUAAAGUAGGUCUACGCGUGAGUAUAAGGUCAGGUUGUCUAGGAAUUAGGCCAAGUUCAAGGUUUGUGUGCAGGGUCUGUGUCGUCUCUCCUUUCGCCAGUAGCCCAGUCAACACAAGUCAGAAAUUGGACUCACACAUUUAUUUAUUUGUGAGUGAUGGAAAGAAGAGACCAUACAGUUAUGUAAAUGACUUUGGCGAGCUUGUUGGCUUUGACUUAGACAUUGUCAAUGCAGUGUGCAAACUUGCGGACAGAAGCUGCCACACAGUGCUGGCCGAGUUUACAGAGUGUAUCUUCACAGACAGGAGCAUUGACUAUGCUGGCACAGGCCUGAUGGCAGCUAGGUUCGAUGGAUGCCCAGGGUAUCAGAUUACAACCGACAGACAGAAUGAGUUUGACUUCACCUUGCCAUAUUUGGACAGUAGUGCUUCUUUCACUGUGGCUCCAGGAAACCCAGCUGGAUUUGACCCGGAUUCCAGUGAUUACUCCGGAUUCACAAUCAUCCAUCUCACCGGAGCACCUACCAACAAUGUUUGUUUAAAACGACUCCGCAAAAAAUUUGGAACAAUCAUCAUUGCUCAGGAUCUACCAGAGGCCAAGGCAGCCCUUCUUAACAGAACUGCGGACGUUCUGUUCUCACCAAGGAAUAGGAUCGAUGGCCUAGAUGUAUUGUCACCGAGGUACCACUGUGAUAAUGGGGGAGCGGCUAUUAUGUUGAAAAAAGGCAGCAGCAUCCCAGGUUGGUGGAACCCAGCGUUUCAAAGGUACUACUUCUCUGGAGAAUAUACCAGGUUGUGUACUGAAGCAUCUGGGAAAUAUGGAGGUAAAAUCCAGUGUCUACCAUCUCCAGAACAAAUGAGUCCUGAAUUAUCAGCACUUCUUCAUGCACCAACACCUACUAUACCUGAAAGAUUGUGGAAGUUUGUCGUCAGUGGGAGAAUCUACCCCUACAGUUUCUU